CUUGACUCUGAAUACUGAUCAUGGAGAUAUCUUACUGGAUUAUUCGAAGAACCUUGUUACGGAAGAAGUGAUGAAAAUGCUGAUGGAACUGGCAAAGUCAAGGGGUGUGGAAAGUGCCAGAGAACGCAUGUUCAGUGGAGAGAAGAUCAACUUCACUGAGAACCGAGCUGUGCUUCAUAUUGCUCUAAGAAAUCGUUCCAAUGUGCCAAUACUUGUAGAUGGGAAGGAUGUUGUUCCAGAAGUAAACAAAGUAUUGGACAAAAUGAAACACUUUUGCCAGAGAGUCCGUAGUGGUGAAUGGAAAGGCUACACUGGAAAGGCAAUCACCGAUGUGGUCAAUAUUGGGAUUGGUGGCUCUGACUUGGGCCCUCUGAUGGUAACUGAAGCCCUGAAACCAUAUUCCAAGGGAGGCCCUCGUGUUUGGUUUGUAUCCAACAUUGAUGGCACACAUAUAGCCAAAACCCUGGCUGAGCUUAAACCAGACACUACGCUCUUCAUCAUUGCAUCAAAGACUUUUACCACCCAAGAAACUAUCACCAAUGCAGAAACGGCUAAAGAGUGGUUCUUACAUGCUGCUAAUGAUCCUUCAGCUGUGGCCAAGCAUUUUGUUGCCUUGUCUACCAAUGGUCCUAAAGUUAAAGACUUUGGAAUUGACCCAGAGAACAUGUUUGAGUUUUGGGAUUGGGUUGGUGGCCGCUACUCUCUGUGGUCUGCCAUUGGUCUCUCCAUUGCCCUGCAUAUUGGUUUUGACAACUUUGAGAGCCUGCUUGCAGGAGCCCACUGGAUGGAUAAUCACUUCCACACUGCCCCGCUGGAGAAGAACAUGCCUGUUCUGUUAGCCAUGCUAGGGGUCUGGUAUAUAAACUGCUACGGAUGUGAAACGCAUGCCCUUCUGCCCUAUGACCAAUACAUGCACCGCUUUGCUGCUUACUUCCAGCAGGGUGAUAUGGAAUCUAAUGGCAAAUACAUUACCAAGAAGGGCUCUCGUGUGGACUACAGUACUGGCCCUAUUGUGUGGGGAGAGCCUGGCACCAAUGGGCAGCAUGCUUUUUACCAGCUCAUUCAUCAAGGAACUCGCAUGAUUCCCUGUGACUUUCUGAUUCCAGUCCAGACCCAGCACCCAGUCAGAAAUGGCUUGCAUCACAAGAUUCUUUUGGCCAACUUCCUUGCUCAGACUGAGGCCUUGAUGAAAGGGAAGACUGCUGAUGAAGCUCGUAAGGAACUUCAAGCAGCAGGACUGAGUGGAGAUGCUCUGGAGAAGCUUCUUCCCCAUAAGGUCUUUGAGGGAAAUCGACCAACCAAUUCCAUCAUGUUUACAAAACUCAACCCAUUCACUCUGGGAGCCAUCAUUGCCAUGUAUGAGCACAAGAUAUUUGUUCAAGGAAUUGUCUGGGAUAUUAACAGUUAUGACCAGUGGGGAGUUGAGCUUGGAAAACAACUUGCCAAGAAAAUUGAGCCUGAACUGGAGUCAGAUGCUCCAGUGACAUCUCAUGAUAGCUCAACAAAUGGGCUUAUCAAUUUCAUCAAAAAACACAGAGCCUGAAAUGAAAGAUUUGGAGGACAUCGACAAUCUAAUCACCCAAUACCCAAAUCUGUUGUAGUUGUGCUUUUUUAGCCACUUCUAACAAAAAUAGCACUUUACAGAUCUAGCUUCUUCACUUGUUGCAGUUAAUCUUGUUGCGUCAAGUGUUUAAAAACUAGUUUUGUGAAACCCAGAGAUUGUAUAGUUGCUUUCUAUUUUCGUGGCGGUUAAUCUGUAAAGUGCAGCUGGUACGUUCCUUGGUUCUUAUCCCUCAACUUCCUUAAAGAUGAUCACAUACUGAUACUAGAAAAUAAAAGGUAUGAUGGAUGAGUAAAACUUCUUCACUCUGUAUCUUUCAAGUGCA